AUGAAUGAGAAGUUUGAUAUAAAUGAAGAAGAGGAUGGAUGGUUGCAAACUGUUUACAAAUAUCGAGAACAUUGGGUGUCAUGUUAUUUGAAGGAAACUUUUUUUGCUGGAAUGAGAUCGAGCCAAAGAAGUGAAAGUAUAAAUGCAUUUUUUGAUGGGUAUGUUAACUCACAGACUCAAUUACACGAGUUUGUUCUACAAUAUGAAAAAGCAUUAACUCAUCGUCGCUUAAGUGAAGCCCAUGAAGAUUUUAAGAGUCUUAACACAAAACCUAUCAUGCUCCUUGGACAUCCGAUUGAGGUACAAGCUGGAGAAAUAUAUACCCGCACAAUGUUUGAUGUGUUCCAAACUGAAUUCAAAGGAUUUGCAACAGAGUUUUGUGAAGAAUUGAGAAAAGAUGGGGACAUUGUUGAAUACAAGAUUUGCAAGUUUGCAGAUAAAUCAAAAGGGGAGGUGGUUACUUAUGACCAAUCCAGUAAGAUACAAUUUAUUUGUACUUGUGCUUUGUUUGAAACUAAUGGUGUUGUAUGUAGACAUAUAUUGUCGCUAAUGAUGGCUAGUCAAAUUUCUUCAUUACCCGACCAUUACAUCCUACACCGUUGGACUAUAGUAGCUCGACAUCGUAACAUUGGGGUUGGCAAUAUUGUAUUUGGAAGAAACAUCACAAGCUGUGAAGAGAAGAUUAAUUUGUUGAAAUCUUGGGCUUUAAGAGCAAAAUUCAAUAAUGCGCUCGAGCUUGCAUUUGAUUCAGAAGAGAAGAUGCAGAAAUUAGACAAUGUGUUAACAAAAUUCAUAGAAUCAUUUGAAGAAGAAGUUAGAGAAACAGAAGAUAUGCAAUUCCUUGGAAUAUUUACAUGUUCUCUCUACUUCUGUUUGUUUUAG